ACUGUUACAUUUUCCUUCAAUAACAAAAGCUGAAAGUGGAAGAUAUUUUUGUAUAGCUGACAAUGGCGUAGGAAGAGAAAAAGGUGUAAGAAUAUCGAUAGAGGUUACUAAGUACAAACCAACGAUGAAGUAUGAUUCUAUUCCUGUUAGAACAGUUACAGAAUAUGAAAUAAAUGAGUAUUGGGUAGAUGGAAAAAUGCAAGUCUUGGUUCAUGGUUGCCCUCAUCCAACUGUUACCUGGUGGAAGGAAAGUGAAAAUGGAAGAACGAAAAUAACAGAAGAAGACAAUAGUUAUGAACAUGCCUUUAUCAUUCAACGUGGAUGGGACUACUCUUGUUAUACAGAUACCAUCGAACAUACAGAAUACAGCUUGAAAAUGCACAGGUUCAACAAAUCAGAUCUUGGAACUUAUGUUGUAAAAGCGGAGAGCAGCCUUGGUAUAGUUGAGUUAAAGUUCAUAAUCAGACGUAAGUGUGUUUUAGCAUGUACAAUAUACUCAUAA